UUUUCUCAGGUCUCGUUUCCUGUGCUCUCGCACUCGUCACGUGUCCACUCAGGUAGGGCGAGUCGUAUCGUCGGAGAGGUGGAACCGAUUCUCCGACAAGAGUGACUCUCGCAGUCUCGAACAGUGUGGGCUACUCGUAACACCGAGAUUAACAGAGAUCGGGGAAGCGAUCUGUGGAGCGCGGAGUGUGGAGAUUGUCAGGGCGGAGGGUAGUGAGAACUGAGAGAGACUAUCCCCAUCGGUAUCGCGGGGAAGGCUGCUGGUGCUCAACAGCGACGACGGUGACGGCGGCGACGGCGACGGCGACGGCGACGGUGACGGUGACGGUGACGGUGACGACGGCGGCAAUCACGGCGUUGUGUAUUAUUCUAUCGCGUACAGGUGGAAAAGGAAACAGUGAUUUUUUUAUAGGAAUGAGACGAUCGUAGGGAAAGAAAGGGAGAGACGGAGUACGUGUUCGUGUGCGGGUGAUACGACGCACAUAAGUAACGCGUCGUGAAGAAGAAGGUGAUCCGCGGAGCAAAGUCGGAGCUCGGAGCGCGGAAGCGGCGAAUAGAUAGGCGCAGAAAGAGCGACGAGGACGUAGUGAUACGAAGAGGGAAAGGGAGAGGCGAAGAGGACGUAAGCAACAGGCAGAGGAAGAGUAGUAAGAGAGCAGCGAACGUGUGAUCCAAAAUGGCGCUGAAUCAAGACGUGGACCAGUUGUCCAAGAGUAAUCCCGUCGUCAGGGUCGACCAGAAUUCCGAGUCCGAUCUUCAGGCUCUCUUCGACACCGUCCUGAAGCCCGACUCGAAGCGGCCGUUGCAGGUGCCGUUGCGCCUGCGCAACCUGCCGGAUUCCUUCUUCAAUCCACCGUCCACCGGUAGCAAAAGCCCCUCGAUCUCGCACUCGCGCGAGAACUCGGCGGAUUCCGCGUUCGGUGCCGCUGCCGCCGCGGCUGGCCUCACCGUUUCUCAUCCCCGCGCCCACAGCAGCCCGGCCUCCCUCCAGCAGACGUACGCGUCGGCACAGCAAGCGCCGCAACACGCGCCGCAGCCGCACGCGCGUCACCACCAUCAUCAGAAGCAGCGCAGCUACGACGUCAUCAGCACGGUCGACGACCUGGGCCCGCUACCGCACGGAUGGGAGCAAGCGCGCACCCCCGAGGGCCAGAUCUACUUCCUCAAUCACCUAACACGCACUACGACAUGGGAAGAUCCGCGGAAAACGGCCGCUGCCGCAAGUGUGGCCGCAGUAGCAGCAGCAGUCGAGAGCAGCAAAUCCAAUGCGCUCGGUCCAUUGCCCGAUGGAUGGGAACAGGCGCGUACAGCCGAGGGCGAGAUCUAUUUCAUCAAUCACCAGACUCGCACCACUUCCUGGUUCGAUCCGCGAAUCCCAUCGCAUCUCCAAAGAACUCCGGCGUCCGGCGCGAUGCUGCCACAAAACUGGCAACUUCAACAACCCGCCGGCAUCCAAAGCAACCAGAAUCUACAGGCCUGCCAGAAGCAAAAGAUUCGUCUUCAAUCGUUGCAGCUGGAACGUGAACGUUUGAAACAGCGACAACAGGAAAUUAUGCGCCAGGUUGGCAUUCAACAAGAGAUGAUGCUUCGACAGAGCACCACGGACGCCGUCAUGGAUCCGUUUUUGUCAGGCAUUAAUGAGCAGCAUGCACGCCAGGAGAGCGCCGAUAGCGGCUUGGGACUCGGUUCUGCAUAUUCACUGCCUCAAGCCUCCGAUGACUUCCUCAACAUAGACGAAAACAUGGAUAGCACGAGUGAAAGGCACUGUGCGUUGAAUGAUCUUACGAAACGAUUAUACCGAAGCCAUAAAUACAUAAACGGAGGUACGCCAAUGGAGCCAGAUCUCUCAACCUUGAGUGACAAUAUCGAUUCGACAGAUGAUCUUCUGCCGUCACUUCAGCUGAACGAGGAGUUCAGCACCGAUAUUUUGGACGACGUGCAGUCACUCAUAAAUCCUAACACGACCAAGCCGGAGAACGUGCUGACUUGGCUAUAGGAUUAGAAGUGAUACUGCGGCGGAUGUCGGCCUUUUUAAAAGGAUAGGUAUUCAGGUUCUCGAAGUGGAAACUUUAUUCAGAUUUAGAAUUAACCUGCGGUCAAUUAAUUGCAUCAUUGAGCAAUGUUGUUUUCAAUAUUUUCAAUCAAUGAUGCAAUUUUUAUUUCUUUAUAAUUUUAUAGGUUAGAUUACGAUUUAUAUUAGAUUACGAUAGGAUUAAGUGUCUACUUCGAACCUAAACACCUAUUUUUUUUAUUUAUUUCUUUCUAUUUGGAUUUUGGCAGGAAUAUAUUACCACGUUAAAACAAUCAGGAUAUUGUUGGAAUAUACUUUUUCAUUUCAAGUUUCUCAUAACGGAAUGAUAGAAUCGAGAAUUAAAUUUUUGCUUAAUACGUAAUG